AUGUCCUUCAACCGCCUCGUCCGUUUCGUCCCAGCCAGCGACUCCAAGGCAAUCCUGAUCGGCGAGCCCGUCGAUGCUGAACUUGAUGUCGGUCUCGCUCUCCGUAAGGGCGACGAGGUUGAAGUCAAGGUCUUUAGCGGAAAGUCCGCCUUGAAUCCCGGCUCGCUGUCAGACAAGACCGAGAAGAUCGCUAGACUGUUGUCACCAUUGUCGCAAGAGGAAGUUGGCACGAUACGCUGCAUUGGCCUGAACUACAAGACACACGCCCAAGAAGUCAACAUGGCCGAACCAUCAGAGCCCGUCAUUUUCCUCAAGCCAGCCACCUCGCUUGCAGACCCUUACCCUCACCCGACCAUUAUCCCCAAGCACACCAAAGCCUCCGAUACGGCAGACUACGAAUCUGAACUCGUCGUUGUCAUCUCCAAGCCUUGCAAGAACGUCUCCGAGUCGGAAGCCCUUGACUAUGUCCUUGGUUACACUGCCGCCAACGACGUCUCCAGCCGUGCCGCUCAGUUUGCCCAGAGCCAGUGGUGCUACAGUAAGGGCUUCGAUGGUGCAUGCCCUAUCGGUCCUGUACUGGCGAGCUCAAAGUUGAUCCCCGACCCGAGCAAGCUUCACAUCAAGGGUAGCAAGAACGGCAAUGUCUUGCAAGAUUCUGGCAUCGACGACCUUAUAUUCAGCGUCCCCAAGCUCGUCAGCUUCUGCUCGCAAGGUACUACUCUGCCCGCUGGCACUAUUAUCCUUACCGGAACUCCCGCCGGUGUAGGUGUAGGCAAGGACCCUAAGGAGUUCUUGCGAGACGGCGAUGAGUUCUCGAUCGAGGUUCACCCACACAUCGGUACUUUGACCACAGUGUUCCAAGACGAGAAAUAA